AUGGGUUUGGGGAGAGAGUUCCAGAGGGAGGGGGCAGCUACAGAGAACGCUCUGUCGCCCCAGGUUCGGUGCUUGGUCCGGGGUGUGGAGUCAGAAGGUUUGCGUCGGAUGAGCGGAGGCUGCGGGAUGGAGCAGCGGCUGUCAUCUGUUGUUUUGAUGGUAAACAUGUCAGCUUGCAUUAAUAUCACAUCUCUUCUCUUCUUCACAGGCUUUGAAAGCAUCUUAGAAGGCUUGUUUGGGCCGGGACUAGUCAAAGAUAUCACCCUUUUCCAAGACUGCGAGCCCGAGGAAGUGUCUGACUGGUCCUUCGAUGAAAACUGUCUCUUCUGCUGCUUACGACGCGAGAAAGUCAAGGAGCACAGUGUAGAGAACGGUGGAGGUAGCCAGGUGCUGUUGGAGUGUGAAGACUUCAAACAGGAGCAGUCUCGGAUCAGCCGGCUGGAGAGACAGGCCCAAGACUUCCUCAAUGCUGUGUUCCACAGAAAAGACCUCCCAAGUUUCUCAGAACCUCACAUUCCUCUAGUGGCUCGUGAGAUCAUGCAGCGAAUGAUCCGCCAGUUCGCUGCCGAAUAUACCUCAAAAACUACUCAGGACGACUCGCCCCUGCCCAACGGCACCAUGAAGGACCAAAGCCUGCCGAGAGUGGCGUCUCUGGCCCCGGCCCCAUGCUCCCCACCUGGGCCCCUGCGCGUGCCGAGCUCCCCUCCAUCGUCUGCCUCCUCCUCUCCAUCCCCGACCCCAGGGCCGGGCCUCAGCCCCACCUCCGCCGCUGCUGCCUCAGCAUCUGCCUGCAGCAACGGUACGGGAGCCAGUAAUGGUGGAGGAGGUACAGCUGCUGCCUCUGCACAGAAUCCCGUCCUCAGCAAGCUUCUCAUGGCCGACCAGGACGGCCCACUGGACCUCUCCGUCAAAAAGAACCAGGACGACCCAGAGCCCAGCCAACAGGAUGGCGUCCUGGACCUCUCCACCAAGAAAAACCUCAGUGCAGGAAGCCACAAAACCUUCCCCGGCAUCUCCCAUGCGCCUGGGGUCAAAGGACGUUCCCUCAAAGUGGAACAGACCCUGCCAGAGGUGGAUGAGGAGGAUGGCCUGCUGCAGAGAAGCUUGCAGGACGGACUAAGGGAGAACUACGUCAACUCCAACUCUUUCAAGCCCCCACUGGCCCGCUCACUGCGAAUCAAGGAAGAACUCCUCAGCCAGAAGCACCGCCUCCUGAGCCAGCCUGCUGCUCUUUCACUGGCUAAUUUAGAGUCAGCUGGCUUGCUCAAUCACGGGCAGUCCCACUCCUUGCUUGGCCAAAAGGGCUCUCCCUCUUUCUGGGGAAGCAAGGCCCACCUCGACAGCCUGCUGAAGCUAAAGCAGGCCAGUGGAGCUCUGAGCGGGGCCCUCAGCGACCUCAAAGACCUGCCUACAUUCCUGGAGAAUCACCACCACGGAGCCUUCUCUUUCAAGAGUUCCCUCCACCAUCACAAUCAGGUCUCCAAGGCCCAGCACCACCACAAUGAGGGCAAGAGAGACCAGGGCCACUCACCUCCAGUCGACCUAAAGAUUCCUCAAGUUCGAGGCAUGGAUCUCUCCUGGGACUCCCAUGCCUCUGAGCUGUACGGCUAUGGUGGCAUGGGGGUUGGGAGUGGUGGGCAUGGGGAGAACAGCCUGAGCCGGAAGCUGAGAGCCAUCCUGCCCAAGCAGAACCGCCGGGGAGGGAGCCUUGGAAGCCUGCUGGAUGGGGCAUCUGACUACUGGAGCUCUGACUUAGACCACUCAAGUUCCGGGCCAGCAUACUCCACCUCCGACGUGGAAGGGGACCCAAACUCCAAGCAGCCGAGGAAGAAGAGGGGCCGUUAUCGCCAGUACAACAGCGAGAUACUGGAAGAGGCCAUAGCAGUAGUGAUGAGUGGGAAGAUGAGCGUGUCCAAGGCUCAGAACAUGUACGGGAUCCCACACAGCACCUUGGAGUACAAGGUCAAGGAGCGCAUGGGAACCCUGAAGAAUCCCCCAAAGAAGAAGCUCAAGCUGAUGAUGAAAAUGGAAGCUGGAGGCCAGGAUUUUCCUGCCGAGUCGGAGAACACGCCCACCACAACCCCAAGAGAUGACGGCCAGCCGCUGGCAGCUGCUGAGCUCAAGGACAAUGUAAAAGAAGAGAUCGAUGACAAUUUCAAACCAAUCGACUAAACAACUUACACAUGUAAACCUCAGUCAAAUGACUAAAGUAAUUUGAAAACGGAUGGGGCUUUAUUUGUGCCAAUUUACUUUGCAGUAUCUGGGUGAGCACAAACGCAGGGAUAAUAUGAGGAGGAUUCGUAAAACAAACUGGAGAUAAACGACUAAUCGGAUGGUUUUUAACAAGCAUCGCUUGAGCAGUGCUGUAUAAGCAUUUGUUUAGCUUUUAUGUCCAGGGGCUUAACAAAUGCAGCUAAAGACAUUAGUUAAAUGACAAUUAAUGAAAUUUCCAUAAGCAUGCUGAUACUCCUCAGCCCAAAAUACCCAAUCCUCUUUUCUGAACUUGAUACACUGAACCGUUGCUGCUUAUAAAUGCAGUUUGGAUUCUGGACCAGUCCAAUUUGGGGGGGGAAUGAGGGGAAGGUUGAAAAUUAAGUCCUUAAAAAACUGAUAAAUUAGUCCCUUUACUGCUCCCCUCUCUCAUGGAGUACUAGCUGAAAAUUGGUAAGUGAACUGUCUACUAUGUUUGAAGCCAACUGUAAGGUUUAAUCAUACCAUUGAUAUUCCUCACCAGGGUUCUGAAUCAAAACCCAUUCUCUUAUUGCCAGGUAGCCAUGACGCUUUAACUGCAAACCUUUUCUUUCCUCCUUAAGAUAUUCUGCUAAUCUUUGUGCGGACGAAAGAAACAUUAACCCGUCCUUUUUGAAUGAGAAAAGACACACAAAAGUCAUUCAGGGAUGCAUGUUUGUGAGUUUCGUGGACACUACUGACUUCUAUAAUUGACAUCUUUUCCUCUAUCUUUUCAUUUGUUUUGUUUUGCUUUCUUUUGCACUACACUUUGGGUCUGGCGCUUACAGACCAGGUUACCUCGGCAUUGUUGCCCUUGCAUCAUGCACUUAUUAUGGUCUGUCUCUGAAGCCCAGUCGCAACCUCGCAACGGGUCGGAGGUGCACAUCGCCUGUGUAUGCUGAUCCACAAUCAGAUCCCAGGAAGUUCUAAAACUCUCUUUUUAGCCAAGGGACAAGUUGAGGGGUAAUCUGAUUGUGGAUUAGCUGUUUUUAAGGCGGAAUGCUACCUCAUGGACCUCUAUCAGUGUCUCACUGCUGAUCCUGGAAUGCUAGAGCUACCUUCAGGUUGUCCUCCAAAUGCUAACCGAAGUGAGCUCAUCCCCUCAUGGAGAUCUUUAUUGGAUGAAGGCCUUUUAGGAUCAGAAUGUGAAACUCUGCUGCUAUCCAGUUGAUUAUCUAGCUCCUAUUAAGCUAGCCUUAGCUAACAACAACACAUUGCUGAUGGUUUUCUUUUCCUUUUCUAAUUAAACUAAGCAGAAACGAAUUAACUGAUGAGUUUUAAAAGAAAUUCUCCUCCCUCAAACUUUAAAGACAGUUUUAAAGGCAGUUUACUACAACAAUGUGCAUUUAUAGAGGGUUGUUCAUUUUGGGAUGGUGGGUGGGCAAUAUGCAGUGGGGAGGGGUAGUUAAUAGAGGCGAGGGAA